CUGAGACUAGUGCAGAGUGGGCGAGUGAGCGACUGCGGUAUCUUGGCAGGAGCAUCAAUCAUAGGCUCGUCCACAUUUGUUUACCGUCGAAAUCAGCAGGCGACCCGAAAUAAACUCGAAAGGCGAUUGAACAUUAACGUUUUGGGAUCUUAGUUCACAUUUUUCCAAACCCGUUUUCAAGAUUUUUAAUGGGAAAUGGCGAUAUGCACUCCGUCUUGCAGCAUUGUCUGCUUGGUAUCUUUCCAGAUUAUCUUGAUUUUCAAUGUACAGUGGCCUGGCGCCGAUGGUCUCACGUUCCCCCAGCAAUACACAAUAAUGCACUGGGCCAGGCGCAUUGAGCAGGAGAUCGACAGAGUCUUCCAGCACAUCAGCGGAGCCCAGCAGCUAAAAGGGAUCUACAAUGAGAAAAGAAGGCAGUUCAGCCUAGUAAAGAAUUCUCCUUAUGAGAUGGUGGAGAAGGUAGCUUCAGACAUCGAGAAGCUACUGGCCAAGAAACGCAAAGCACUUGAUAGGCUGGCCAGUGAGGCAGAACGUGUCCAGCGAGACCAUCCCUGGCACGACAGCGUCAAGGAGUGGAACAUGACGUAUUACGAUUCCAAGGCAGAGCUAGACUAUCAGUACUCCCUGCAAGAUGGUGAUGGGGAAACAGUGAGCCCUCCACUACAGGUGGAGUUUGUGUAUGACCCUAACUUCAAAAAUAAGGUCAACUACUCCUUCACGGCCGUUCAGAUCCCCACAGACAUCUACAAAGGAGCCCCAGUGAUUCUAAAUGAGCUGAACUGGACCCAGGCGCUGGAGAAGGUGUUUAUGGAGAACAGUCAAGAGGAUCCUUCACUACUCUGGCAGGCAUUUGGUAGCGCCACUGGGGUCACUCGCUACUACCCAGCCACACCGUGGAGGGCUCCUGAUAAGAUCGACCUUUAUGAUGUGAGGAGAAGGCCAUGGUACAUCCAAGGGGCUUCAUCCCCCAAAGACAUGAUCAUACUCGUUGAUGUGAGUGGUAGUGUGAGCGGCCUCACUUUGAAGCUGAUCAAGUCAUCAGUAAUGGAGAUGCUGGACACUCUGUCUGAUGACGACUAUGUCAACGUGGCCAGGUUUAAUGAAAAGGCAGAGGCAGUGGUCCCUUGCUUCAAACACCUGGUCCAGGCCAACGUUCGCAACAAGAAGAUCUUCAAAGAGGCUGUAAAGCUCAUGCAAGCGAAAGGCACCACAGACUACAAGUCUGGUUUCCACUUUGCCUUCAAUCAGCUACUAAACAAGACGAAUGUCCCGCGAGCUCACUGCAAUAAAAUAAUCAUGCUGUUCACUGAUGGAGGAGAGGAUCGAGCUCAGGACAUCUUUGAGCAGUACAAUUGGCCCAACAAAACGGUGCGGGUCUUUACAUUCUCUGUGGGGCAGCACAACUAUGAUGUCACACCCUUGCAAUGGAUUGCGUGUGCCAAUAAAGGUUUCUAUUUUGAGAUCCGCUCCAUCUGUGCCAUAAGGAUUAACACCCAGGAGUACCUGGAUGUGCUGGGCCGCCCCAUGGUCCUGGCAGGCAGCCGUGCCAAGCAGGUUCAGUGGACCAAUGUCUAUCAGGAUGCCUUGGGUCUGGGACUUGUUUUUACUGGGACCAUGCCUGUUUUUAAUCUCACCGUGGAUGGAAACUCACAGGUGCAGUCAUUUAGAACAGUUCGCGUUGACCUAAUCGACAAUCUUUCUUCAAUGAAUCACAAUUUUUUGAGUGUUUUUUUUCACUGGUUGUUUUCUCCACAGAAUCAGCUCAUAUUAGGUGUCAUGGGGGUGGACGUGCAUCUGGACGAAAUCAAAAAGCUGACGCCCCGAUACAACCUUGGAGCCAAUGGGUACAUAUACGCCAUCGACCCAAAUGGAUACCUUCUCCUGCAUCCAAACCUUCACCCAAAGCUGCUCGACCUACCAGAGCCUGUAACACUUGACUUCCUGGAUGCUGAAGUGGAGGACAGUUCCAAACAGGAAAUCCGCAAACAUAUGAUUGAUGGCAGAACGGGUGACAUGCAGAUUAAGACGCUUGUAAAAUCAAUUGAUGAGCGAUACAUAGAUGAGGGAGUUCGGAGUUACACCUGGACACCCAUCAAUGGUACAGACUACAGUCUGGGCCUGGUACUGCCGCCCUACGGUGAAUACUACAUCCAAGCAGACCUGAGUGAUGUGAUGCUGCAGCUCCAGUAUCUGCAAUCUUUGCUGCCCAGCUCCUUUGAAUCAGGGGGACACGUGUUCCUGGCUCCCAGGGAAUACUGCAAGCGUCUGCACAUCUCUGACAACAACACACAGUUCCUGGAGAACUUCCUAUCUCUCAUGGUGGAGAUCACACCAGAAUCUGAAGACUGUGAUCAAGGCCUCAUUCACAACCUGAUCUUGGAUUCUGGAAUCAUCUGGCAGCUAGCAUCUAGAGUGUGGAAGAACAAGGAUAUCCAAACGUAUGGUUUCCUGGCAUUAUUUGCAGCCACAGAUGGAGGUGUAACCCGGGUCUUCCCCAACUCGGCUGCUGAGUCGUGGGAUGAGGACCCUGAGCCCUUCAACUCUAACUACUACCGCCGCAGCCUUGACAACAAGGGCUAUAUGUUCAGAGCUCCACCCAGAGCCUCCAUGGAUGAUCCGGUGACCUCGGAGAACGGCACCAUCGGAAUCCUGGUCAGCACUGCCGUGGAAGUCAACCUGGGAGGCAAGAACCUGAAACCGGCAGUGGUGGGGGUGAAGCUAGACUUGGAAGCAUGGGUAGACAAGUUCAAGAUCUUGGCCAGCAACGUGUCUGACAGUCGUCAGGGCUCGCAAAAGUGUGGGCCAUCCAGAAGUUGUGAGAUGGACUGCGAAGUCAACACUGAUGACUUACUCUGCUAUCUGAUUGACGAUGGUGGCUUCCUGGUGAUGUCCAACCAGAGGGAUCACUGGAAAAAGGUGGGCCUUUUCUUUGGUGAUGUGGACCCCUAUCUUAUGCACGCGCUGUAUAACAACUCCAUCUAUGCCCGCCGGCAGUCUUUUCAGUACCAGUCAGCAUGUGAGCCAGUCAGCAGCAGCCACACAGGGGCAGCACCCAGGGGCAUCUUUGUGCCCUCCAUCGCAGACAUGCUCAGUCUGGCCUGGUGGACAUCGGCGGCAGCAUGGUCUGUAGUCCAGCAGCUGCUCUAUGGACUGGCCUACAACAGUUGGCUCUACUCAGGUGAUGUUCUGGCAGAUGGGUUUGACCAGAAGGAGAGCAGCUGUGUGACCAUCCAAAGCCAGUUCUACUUCACCAACACCACCAACUCAUACAAUGUGCUGCAGGACUGUGGGAACUGCUCCAGGUUAUUUCAUGCUAAGAGGAUAGAGAACACCAACCUGUUGUUUGUGGUGGCUGAGACACUGCCCUGUAGCUCCUGUGAGAUUGAGAGACUGACCCAGGUCAAAACGGAGUUCCAGGAGGAGGAUCCCUGUGAGGUGUUGAACUCUGCACGCUACCGGAGAGGCCCGACCGAAUGCUGGGACUACAACAUCUGGGAGAACACAUCGGAGUGUGGGAGAGGCCAUUCCCUACAAUCUUCAAUAGGAAUCCUUUUCUCUAUCCAGCUGAUCCUGACUCUUUUCUCUCUCUGACACCUGGACUAGACCAUUACCACAGUCAUCAUCCACUAUCUCCCAACAUCCAUUCUCUUACUCUUCCCUUUGUUCUUCAACAUCUCUAUCCACUUCUGGUCGGGGAUUGACCUCUGCCAAAACAGUUAUUUUUCUCAUAAUUCCAAUUUCCUCUUUCCUCUCCCUUUCUCUAGUGUGAUUUCCCUUAAUCUCUCUCUCUGCAUUGCCAUUGCAUGUCUCAUAUGACAGGCCACUUGAAAAGAAGAGAGUUUCUCUUAUUUUGAUGAUAGUAAAUUGCCCCAAGUGUGAGAUAUGGAACAUUUUUUUAAUCAUCCAUAUCCUUUUUAAAAAAUCACUUAAUUUGAAUGUGUGAUAAAGGGAUGUUAUGACAAAUAUUUUAUUGACUUAGAUGUUAGUUAGCAUCAAUGCUAAAUAUCUUCUAAAAGUGCUUCCAAAAGCCAAAUAAGAAGUGAUUGAGAGAUUUUAAAAAACAACAACAUUGUAACAAAAGUACAGUGGACCGUUGCUAUCAACUGAUACAGUACAUUUUGUUUUUGUGAAUUUUACAUGAACAUAUAGUAAAUAUAUAAAUAAACAAAUACGUAAAAUAUAUUCCAAAGAUGUAUUUUUGUUCAUAUAUAUAUAUAUAUAUAUAUAUAUAUAUAUAUAUAUAUAUGAACAAUACAUGUAUUGAAUUAGAUGUAUGAACAAACAUGCAUAGCCUAUAUGUCAAAUGUUAUACUCCAUUUAAGUUAUACUUCAUUUGGAUGGUUGAAGAUGACCUACUGAAGCUUUACCUUGCAUCUUGUGCAAUGAUUUGUCUAUGUGAUCUGAAAAGCUCAUGCAUUUGUGUAUGCUAACUUCUGGAGAAUGUAGCUUAUGUAUGGGCAGCUUUCAGUGUAAACAUUUGAUGAUGCCACUCUCCGAUUCCCUUUGUUGAUAUUCCCUUCUAGUCCAAGCAGAGCUUUAUAGCCCCUGGAAGCCUUUAUGAAGAAACACAUUUGGGUUAUAGAAAAAGGAGUAAUAUUUUUGACACACUUUUUUUGAUGAAAUAUUUGUAAAAUGUUUUUUCUUUCAUGUCAUGCCUGGUGUUCCACCCAGCAGUGCCUUGGUGCACUCCUAUUGGAUGAGCGGGACUUCAGAUCUCAGAUCUGGACAGUAGACACUUCUGCUCCAGCCCUGGAGAAAGGCACACUCGACUCUAUGGACAGUACUGACUGAAAGGACAGCCCUCAACGGAUUUUGUGGGCCAUGGGAAAUGUUAAGGAGGACUGUGUGAGGUGAAGGGAGAUAGGUGUAGUUUAGGAUUACAUUUCAGACUGCAAGGUAUUAGGGAUACAGCACAAUUGAAACAGCGCCCAGUUACAGUACUUUCCCUUGUAAUCUCCCCAUGGACACAGAGGCAUAGCCAUCGUUCAGCCUGCUCCAGUCUGUUUGUGAAAAGGUGCAGUCAACCAUGUGACCAAGAGCUGAUCAUGGAUACAGGACAGCCUAGAUAGCCUGCUUCCCCAGUGCUCAGUGUCAUCUCCCUCUAUCCUGUAGUUCAGUGGUGUACCACAGUAUCUCAUGCAAUUCUACACAUUUUGCCAUGAGGCUGAGAGAAGUUUGCAUUUUUAAAGCAAAUUUCCUGUUAUUCUAUACAUUUUGGCAUGAGGCUGAGAGAUAAUGUUGCAGUUUUACAGCAAAUUUCCUGUAAAUCUUUUUUUUUUUUACAUGGCUUAUGACAUGUUCAUAUCGUAUCUGGGGAGGGUGGGGGGACCAUGGAGAUCAUAUUAAAUUACUAGAGGGCGGUUAUGUCCUUAACCCUCGAAGUUCCAGAAUGGAGUGAAAAUAGCUGCCAUAUUGGUCAGGGAGAAAUCCAAACCAGUCUAAAUGGAAUGAAAGGCAUAAUCCUGAUUUUACUUAUGCAUGAAAUUAAAACAAAGGCAUGUGAUGUAUCAGAAAUUGUGUAAUAUAAUUAUUUUCAACCAAAACUAUGUUAUAUAAACAUAGAAACAGUUUAUAUGGGUUUUAUGCACCUUUUCUGUAUAAAUAGCCACAAACAUAUAUGUAACCAGACCAUAAAUGUCAACAUUUUUGCUUUCUUGGAAAUCUGAGAGUGCUAUUAUGUGAUACAAUAUAAGUACUUAUUGCAUUUACAACUUGUCAAAGUCAUAUCAUCUACUGAUUUCAGCCAGUGAAUGGCUGUGGAUUGACUACAUUGUUUGAAUGGAAUAUUGGCAGUAAAACUGUUUGGAUAGCUAGCUAACAAAUAUACAGUGCAGAUACAUUUUACAAAUUCAUUAUUUUACACAAUAUCUUAUCACAGCACUGGCAAACCAUAGUUGACCAACUCCCUAACCAAAAUGGCUGACCUUUAACCCAUUCUAGUAUUCUACUUCCUAAUUCUAUGGGGGCGACCUCCAACCCACGGGAAUUUCCAUACUCUCUGUAGGAAUACCAGAUAUCAGCUCACCUUUCCUACUGACCUCACUGUAUACAUGAGACAUCCAGGAAGUGACUUGCCAUCAGCCAAUCAGAUAUGACGAGUCACUCAAUUACAAUGACUGUUAGAAUACAGUAUUAGCAGUAGUACAGUUGAACUUUUUUUCUGCAAUUCUCACAGGCUCAUGUAGAGCCUUUGUUAAAUAGACGUAAGAACACUCAGUUUGGACCAUGUUUUUUAUUAUUAUUUAUAUAUUAUUCAAGACAGACUAGACAAAAACCUGAUUGUACAAAACAUAAAAAUAAUUGUCUCUUCAAGAAUGUGUUUACAAAAGUAAAUUAACAAACAAAAAUUGUAUACAUCGAAGCUGCACACCUCAACCCAGUACCCAUCGCAGACCAUGGGCAUUUUAAAGACGAGCAUUUUAUCUGGGCUUUUCAUGAUUGAUUUGGGGAAAUUAAAUAUUGAAAACAACUCUGUCCACAGUAUAGGAUAACUAUUGCUCUUUAUACAGUGUGCUAUUAACUCUGAAGUUAGUGUUUUAGUUUGGUACGUUUAAUUUUUGAUAUACUUAUUGCAUGAUUUUAUGGAACAUUUCCAGAUUGAUGUAUAAACUAGUAAUAAAAAGUAUUUGACAUUUCUUUACAGGUGAACGUGAGUAGCCUAAGCACUCUCCCACUCCGUGAGGAUUUCCCAAUGGGCGCCACCUUACACUUAACUCUGGUCCAGGGCGUCAUUCAGCUUUGAGAUCGCAGCCAAACAAUGUUCUGGACCAGAGUUACCUUACACUAUGAGUGUUGUGAGAAUCUGAUAGGCAUGUGGGGGUUUUGGUUGAUGACCUGUGAUUGACCUUUGAAUAUGCUUCAUAUUACCUGUUAUAAAUUAGGUAAUAGCAUUGAUUGUGAGAAUGAACUCAGUGGGCAGUUUGUUUAUUGCAAAAUUUAAAGAACGUUGAAUGUUUUUGAAAAAUAUGGGGGAUGGGCAUUUUAACUUCAGUUUAUUCAAAAAAGCCCGUAACAGCUUUCCUAUCGUUUUAUUUAUUAGGCUAUGAAAUAAUAUGAAUGUUUAAUGUCUUUCUGUACUUUUGGUUUGGUUUGCUGCUAUUGUUGUUGUUUGCUUGGGACAGCAUUUCCUCUCCUUGUGCGCAGUCGUCCAUGUCACCUCGUGUUUUGUACAGAUGACUCAAAGCAGUCAACGGAAGAAGGCCAACUUUGUACAACAUUUUGUCUGCUACAUGAAAAAAUAUUAUCUCUAAAUGUUUAUAUAUGAUAUUUGGUGAUUAAAUGCUAUUGAUAUUUUUCACUUCA